AUGUCCAUACGAACGGACGUACGGGCAAAGAAAACGGCACAGCAGCCGGCAGUCGUCGCAAUCGCUCUGUCUACACGCUUGCUUGGCAAACUUUUGCUGCCGGAUCACGGUGCUCACGCCCUCUCCAACACCACCACAACAACAGAACAGCGUCAAGGGACGACGGAAAAAGCCGUGAGCAGCGGCGACCAACUGACUGCCGACAGACUGCCGUGCGCAUCAAAUUUUCGGCUCUCAUGCGCGCGCGAUUUGCCUCUGCCUUCACUCCUCCUCGUUCACUCCACUCCUCCUCAGCCGUGGCUUAAAACUUGA